AUGAGGAAACAUCGACACUUGCCCUUUAUCGCAAUGUUCUGCCUCCUGCUCUCAGGCUUUUUCUCGGUUCAUGCCCAGCAGCAAGCAGCUGUCAAAACCGUUGCUGUGGCUGAUAUAAUAUUUCUAGUGGAUUCCUCUUGGAGCAUUGGGAAGGAACAUUUCCAACUGGUUCGAGAGUUUCUGUAUGAUGUUGUAAAAGCUUUAGAUGUGGGAGGAAAUGAUUUUCACUUUGCCUUGGUCCAGUUCAGCGGAAACCCCCACACAGAGUUCCAGUUAAAUACCUACCCCUCUACCCGAGACGUCCUGUCCCAUAUUGCCAACAUGCCUUACAUGGGGGGAGGCACCAAGACUGGAAAAGGAUUAGAGUACCUAAUCGAGAACCAUCUCACUAAAGCUGCUGGAAGCAGAGCCAGUGAAGGCGUCCCCCAGGUUAUUAUAGUGUUAACGGACGGACGAUCCCAGUAUGAUGUGGCUCUGCCACCAUCUGUCCUUAAAUCGGCCCAUAUAAACAUGUUUGCAGUCGGCGUGCAGGAUGCAGUGGAAGGGGAGUUAAAGGAAAUAGCAAGCGAACCCUUCGAUACGCACCUUUUCAACCUAGAGAAUUUUACUGCUCUCCAUGGCAUAGUUGGAGAUUUAGUGGCAAGUGUCCAUUCAUCCAUGACUCCAGAAAAGGCUGGGGCCAAAGGACUGGUUAAAGACAUCACAGCUCAAGAGCCCGCUGACCUUAUUUUCCUUAUUGACGGAUCAAACAACAUCGGAAGUGUCAAUUUUCAAGCCAUACGUGAUUUCCUUGUAAAUUUGAUUGAAAACCUCAGAGUUGGAGCUCAGCAAAUACACAUUGGGGUGGUGCAGUAUAGUGAUCAACCCAAAACCGAGUUCGCUUUGAACAGCUACUCCACAAAAGCGGAUGUUCUGGAUGCCGUGAAGGCACUUAGUUUCCGCGGUGGCGAGGAAGCGAACACCGGUGCGGCACUGGAGUUUGUGGUGGAGAACCUCUUCACCCAGGCGGGAGGCAGCAGGAUAGAGGAAUCGGUGCCUCAGAUUUUAGUGCUCAUAAGUGGUGGAGAGUCUAGUGAUGAUAUCCGAGAGGGCUUGUUAGCGGUGAAGCAAGCUAGUAUAUUUUCAUUUAGCGUUGGGGUCCUGAAUGCUGACAGUGCAGAGCUGCAGCAGAUUGCUACUGGUGGAAGCUUCGCAUUUACUGCCCUGGAUAUCCAUAACCUUGAUGGUCUUCAAGAAUUAUUACUACCCAACAUUGUUGGAGUGGCCCAAAGACUCAUUUUGUUAGAGGCCCCAACCACUGUGACUGAAGUUAUUGAAGUGAACAAGAAGGAUAUAGUCUUCCUGAUAGAUGGCUCAACUGCUUUGGGGUCUGGCCCCUUUAACUCAAUUCGUGAUUUUGUUGCCAAAAUUGUCCAAAGGCUGGAGGUUGGACCCGACCUGAUCCAAGUCGCAGUGGCACAGUACGCAGACACUGUGAAGCCAGAGUUUUAUUUUAACACCCACCAGAGCAGAAAGGACGUGAUGGCUAACGUGAAGAGAAUGAAGCUCAUGGGUGGUACAGCACUCAACACUGGCUCAGCACUGGACUUUGUGAGAGCCAACUUCUUCACUAGUGCUGCUGGGUGCAGGAUGGAGGAAGGGGUGCUCCCUAUGCUGGUGCUCAUCACUGGUGGUAAGUCCAGGGAUGCUGUUGACCAAGCUGCGGCAGAGAUGAAAAGGAACCGGAUAGUGAUCCUUGCUGUUGGGUCAAGAAAUGCCGAUGUGGCAGAACUUCAAGAAAUUGCCCAUGAGAGAGAUUUUGUGUUCACCCCAGACGACUUCCGUGUUCAGUUCAUGCAAGCCAUUCUUCCUGAAGUGCUGUCACCUAUCCGGACACUGUCUGGAGGACUGAUUAUCCAAGAACCACCAUCAGUUCAAGUAACCAAAAGGGAUAUCAUCUUUCUUUUGGAUGGAUCACUCAACGUUGGAAAUGCCAACUUCCCCUUUGUGCGUGCCUUUGUUGAUGCCCUAGUUAACUACCUUGAUGUCGGCAGUGACAAAAUCCGAGUUGGCUUAGUGCAAUUUAGCGACACUCCUAAAACCGAGUUCUUUCUGUACUCGUACCAAACCAAAUCAGGCAUAAUUCAACGUAUGGGGCAGCUGAGCCCUAAGGGGGGGUCAGUGCUGAACACUGGCUCUGCACUGAACUUUGUGCUUUCAAAUCACUUCACGGAAGCUGGUGGGAGCAGAAUAAAUGAACAAGUGCCGCAGGUCCUAGUCCUGGUGAUGGCAGGGAGGUCUGCUGAUCCCUUCUUGCAAGUUUCCAAUGAAUUAGCUCGGGCCGGAGUGCUGACUUUUGCUGUUGGAGUUAGGAAUGCGGAUAAGGCAGAACUUGAACAGAUUGCCUUUAAUCCAAGAAUGGUAUAUUUUGUGGAUGAUUUCAGUGCUCUGGCAGCUUUACCCCAGGAGUUAAAUAAGCCUAUAACAACAUAUGUUAGUGGAGGUGUGGAAGAGGUUCCACUCGCCCCAACAGAAAGCAAGAAAGAUAUUUUAUUCCUGAUUGAUGGCUCAGCCAACCUCUUGGGUAGCUUUCCUGCCGUCCGGGACUUUGUACACAAAGUCAUUUCUGACCUGAAUGUGGGUCCCGAUGCCACACGAGUAGCUGUAGCUCAAUUCAGUGACACCAUCCAAGUUGAAUUUGACUUUGCCGAACUCCCAUCUAAGCAAGACAUGCUUCUUAAAGUGAAAAGGAUGAAGAUAAAAACUGGGAAGCAACUGAACAUUGGAGUAGCGCUAGAUGAAGCUAUAAGGAGGCUGUUUGUGAAGGAAGCUGGAAGCAGGUUUGAAGAAGGGGUUCCUCAGUUUUUGGUCCUCCUUGCUGCUGGGAGAUCAACUGAUGAUGUGGAGCAACCAUCAGAUGCUCUGAAGCAAGCUGGAGUUGUGACCUUUGCUAUCAAAGCCAAAAAUGCUGACCCUGUAGAGCUGGAAAGGAUCGUUUACGCCCCGCAGUUCAUUCUGAAUGUCGACUCCCUCCCUCGGAUUUCAGAGCUUCAGCCAAACUUAGUCAACCUGUUGAAAACUAUCCAGCUUCAGCCAACAGUAGUUGAGAGAGGUGAGAAGAAGGAUGUGGUGUUUCUAAUUGAUGGCUCAGAUGGUGUCAGAAGAGGUUUUCCUCUACUGAAGACCUUUGUCCAAAGAGUCAUUGAAAGCCUGGAUAUUGGUCGUGACAAGGUCCGUGUGGCCGUCGCACAGUACAGCAACGUCAUACAACCAGAGUUCUUACUCGACACCCAUGAAGACAAAGCAGACCUCAUCAGUGCCAUCCAGGAGCUGAAGGUAAUGGGAGGGUCUCCUCUGAACACUGGAGCAGCCCUUGACUAUCUCAUCAAGAAUGUGUUCACGGUGUCGAGCGGCAGCAGGAUAGCUGAGGGCGUCCCGCAGUUCCUGAUUCUACUGACCGCUGACCGGUCCCAGGAUGAUGUGAGAAGGCCCUCGGUGGUCCUGAAGACGAGUGGCACAGUGCCCUUUGGCAUCGGGAUUGGAAAUGCUGACCUCACAGAGCUGCAGACCAUUUCCUUCCUCCCAGAUUUUGCUAUCUCUGUGCCUGACUUCAGCCAGCUGGAUACAGUGCAACAGGUCGUCUCGAACAGAGUUAUCCGGCUGACCAAGAAAGAGAUAGAGUCACUUGCCCCUGAUCUGGUUUUUACAUCACCCAGCCCAGCGGGUGUGAAGAGGGACGUUGUGUUCAUGGUUGAUGGCUCCCGCUAUGCUGCCCAGGAGUUCUACCUCAUCCGCGAUCUCAUUGAGAGGAUAGUGAACAACCUGGAUGUGGGCUUUGACACCACCAGGAUUUCGGUGGUCCAGUUCAGCGAGCAUCCCCACGUGGAGUUCCUGCUCAAUGCCCACUCCACUAAAGACGAGGUGCAGAGCGCUGUAAGACGGCUGCGGCCACAGGGUGGCCAGCAGGUUAACGUGGGGGAAGCCCUUGAGUUUGUGGCAAAGACCAUCUUCACCCGGCCCUCUGGAAGCCGCAUAGAGGAGGGUGUCCCUCAGUUUUUGGUCAUCCUCUCCUCCCGCAAGUCUGACGAUGACUUAGAGCACCCCUCACUUCAAGUCAAACAAGUGGGGGUGGCACCUAUGGUGGUAGCGAAGAACGUGGAUCCUGAGGAGAUAGUACAGAUUUCCCUUAGUCCUGAUUACGUAUUUCAAGUUUCCAGCUUCCAAGAACUGCCCAGCCUGGAGCAGAAGCUGCUGACCCCUAUUGAAACCCUGACUGGGGACCAAAUCAGACGGCUGCUGGGAGAUGUGCAACCCCCUGUAGAUAUUUCUGGUGAUGAAAAGGACAUAGUCUUCCUCAUUGACAGCUCUGAUGGCGUUAGGCCUGAUGGGCUUGCUCACAUUCGGGAUUUCAUCAGCAGAAUUGUUCAGCAGCUGGAGGUUGGGCCAAACAAAGUGCGAAUCGGCGUGGUGCAGUUCAGCAAUAAUGUCUUUCCUGAGUUCUACCUGAAGACCCACAAGUCCAAAAAUGCCGUCCUGCAAGCCAUCCGCCGCUUGAGGCUUAGAGGAGGGUCCCCCGUGAACGCUGGCAAGGCCCUAGACUAUGUGGUGAAGAACUACUUCAUCAAAUCUGCAGGGAGCAGGAUAGAAGAUGGAGUGCCCCAGCAUCUAGUCAUCAUCCUUGGAGACCGGUCUCAGGAUGAUGUGAACAGGCCUGCUAAUGUAAUCACUUCAACGAGCAUUAAACCUCUGGGUGUCGGAGCCAGAAAUGUGGACAGGGACCAGCUACAGAUCAUAACCAAUGAUCCUGAGCGUGUGCUUGUGGUACAGGACUUCACAGGACUCCCAACUUUAGAAAAGAAUGUGCAAAGUAUUCUUGAAGAGCUUCCGAUACCUACAACAGAAUCUCCUGGAAUUUUAGGACCUGGAGGCAAAAAGCAGGCUGACAUUGUGUUUUUGCUGGAUGGCUCCAUCAAUCUGGGGAGAGACAACUUCCAAGAAGUUCUCCAGUUUGUUUACUCUGUGGUGGAUGCCAUUUAUAGAGAUGGCGACUCUAUCCAGGUAGGACUGGCCCAGUACAACUCAGAUGUCACGGAUGAGUUUUUUCUCAAGGACUACUCCACCAAACCUCAGAUUUUAGAUGCCAUCAACAAAGUCAUCUACAAAGGUGGCCUAGUGGCAAACACAGGUGCAGCCAUCAAGCAUAUCCAGGCAAAACACUUUGUGAAGGAAGCCGGCAGCCGAAUCGACCAGAGGGUGCCCCAGAUUGCCUUCAUUGUCACAGGUGGGAAGUCCUCGGAUGACGGGCCGAGUGCCUCCUCAGAAAUUGCGCAGAAAGGUGUCAAGGUAUUUGCGGUCGGUGUGAGAAACAUCGACCUGAAGGAAGUCAGCAGGCUGGCCAGUGAGAGUGCCACGAGUUUCAGAGCGUCCACAGCCCAGGAGCUGUCUGAGCUGAAUGAGCAGGUUCUGGUUACACUGGAAGCUGCUAUGGAGGAGAAAUUGUGCCCAGGGACAACAGACAUUACAAGAGAUUGUGACUUAGAUGUGAUACUUGGCUUCGAUGUCACGGAUGUUGGGCCUGGCCAAAAUAUAUUCAAUUCCCAGAGAGCUCUGGAGUCCAGAGUUGAGUCUGUGCUGAACAGAAUAACACAGAUGCAGAAGAUCAGCUGCACCGGCAACCAGGCACCCAAUGUCAGGGUAGCCAUCCUGGCCCAGGCUCGGGGGGGAGCUGUGGAGGGACUGGACUUCUCUGAGUACCAGCCUGAGCUCUUUGAGAGGUUUCAGGGCAUGCGUACCCGUGGUCCCUAUUUUCUCACAGCGGAUACGCUGAAGUCCUACCUGAACAAAUUCAGAGCCGCGCCUUCCAGCAACACCAAGGUCAUAAUCCAUUUUACUGAUGGUGCAGAUGACUCAAUAGAUGAGCUGGAGGCUGCUUCAACUGCUUUGCAUACAGAAGGUAUCAAUGCUCUCAUCUUCGUCGGGCUGGAUCAAGUGAGCAAUUUUGACAAAGUGAUGCAGCUGGAGUUUGGUCGUGGAUUCACCUACAACAGACCACUCAGAGUUAAUCUGCUGGACUUGGAUUUCGAGCUGGCAGAGCAGCUCGACAACAUCGCAGAGAGGACAUGCUGCAAGGUCCCAUGCAAGUGCUCAGGGCAGAGAGGGGACAGAGGUGUGCCAGGCCCCAUAGGACCGAAGGGUGCCACGGGUGAUCUUGGCUACGGAGGCUAUCCUGGUGAUGAAGGAGGACCGGGUGAGCGUGGACCACCAGGUGUGAACGGGACGCAGGGUUUCCAAGGAUGCCCUGGGCACAGAGGAACCAAGGGUUCUCGGGGAUUCCCAGGAGAGAAGGGUGAACUGGGAGAAAUGGGCCUGGAUGGCAUUGAUGGAGAAGAGGGAGACAAGGGUUUGCCUGGCUCCUCUGGAGAGAAGGGAUACUCCGGCAGGAGGGGUGAUAAGGGAGUUAAAGGUGAAAGAGGAGAACGAGGUGACCGUGGGCUCCGUGGAGACCCGGGAGAUUCAGGAGCUGAUAAUACUCAACGGGGACCCAGAGGCCAAAAGGGCGAAAUUGGACCAAUGGGAGAGACAGGACCAGCGGGGCUGAUCGGCCAAGAUGGUGGAGUUGGGAGAAAGGGUAUGACAGGACGAAGGGGACUGAUAGGUGUUAAGGGUACCAAGGGCUCACUCGGUCAAUCAGGACCAGAUGGAGAGCAAGGCAUGAGAGGACCACAGGCCGGUGGUGGACCACCAGGAACCCCAGGAGAGCGGGGAAGGAUUGGUCCCCUGGGACAAAAGGGUGAGCCUGGAAAUCCUGGACCCAAAGGGCCAAAUGGACAGCAGGGCCCACGAGGAGAGAUGGGUGAUGAUGGACGAGAUGGAAUUGGUGGCCCAGGUCCUACAGGCAGAAAGGGAGAACGCGGCUUCAUAGGCCACCCGGGGCCCAAGGGUGGACCUGGUGACCGUGGUGGUGCUGGAGGCCCUGGCCCUAAAGGAAACAGAGGCCGCAGAGGAAAUGCAGGAGAUCCUGGGACACCUGGUCAGAAAGGAGAGGUUGGAUACCCUGGGCCAUCUGGACUUAAAGGUGAUAAAGGAGAAUCCAGAGAUCAAUGUGCACUUGUGCGGAACAUCAAAGACAAAUGCCCUUGCUGCUAUGGUCCCAAGGAGUGCCCUGUCUUCCCAACUGAGCUGGCCUUCGCUAUCGACACCUCCGCGGGUGUUGUGAGGGAUGUUUUCAACAGGAUGAAGCAAACUGUGCUCAGAGUGGUCAACAACUUAACCAUCGCUGAAAGCAACUGUCCUCGGGGUGCCCGGGUGGCUCUAGUCACCUACAACAACGAGGUUACCACAGAGAUCCGCUUUGCUGAUUCCAGGAAGAAAUCAAGCCUCCUCCAGCAGAUCCAAAACUUCCAGGCAACCCUGACCACGAAGCCACACAGCCUGGAGACUGCCAUGUCCUUCGUGGCCAGGAACACCUUCAAGCGUGCCCGAAGUGGCUUCCUUAUGAGGAAGGUGGCUGUCUUUUUCAGCAAUGGGGACACAAGAGCCUCCCCACAGCUCAACGAUGCCGUGCUGAAACUCUACGACGCUGGGGUCAUGCCUGUGUUCCUCACCAGCAGGCAGGACCCAGUUCUCACCAGAGCUCUGGAGAUCAACAACACAGCAGUUGGACAUGCAAUUGUUCUUCCAACCAGCGGCAGUCAGAUGAAUGAAACUAUCCAGAGGCUCUUGACUUGUCACAUUUGUCUGGAUGUGUGUGACCCUGACCCAGUCUGUGGUUUUGGUAGUCAGAGACCUGUAUUCAGAGACAGAAGGGCAGCCCCAACAGAUGUAGACACUGACAUAGCCUUCAUCAUGGAUAGCUCAGAGACGACCACCCCUCUGCAGUUCAACGAGAUGAAGAAGUACAUUUCCCACCUUGUAAGAAACCUGGAAAUCAGCUCAGAGCCACAAGUAUCUCAGCACCACGCAAGAGUGGCAGUUCUCCAGCAAGCUCCUUAUGAAUAUGAAACCAACUCAAGCUUCCCACCAGUAAAAACUGAGUUUUCACUAACUGAUUAUGGAUCCAAAGAGAAGAUCAUCAAUUACAUUCAAAACCAAAUGACCCAGCUCCGUGGCACAAGGGCUAUAGGAAGUGCAAUUGAACACACAAUGACUCAUAUUUUUGAAAGUGCACCAAACCCUCGGGAUCUAAAAGUCAUAGUUCUGAUGAUGACUGGAAAAGUGAAUAAACAAGAACUUGAGUACCUGCAGAAGGUUGUUAUCGAUGCAAAAUGCAAAGGGUAUUUCUUUGUUAUCUUGGGCAUUGGCAGGAAGGUGAAUGCCAAGAAUAUCUAUAGCCUAGCUAGCGAGCCAAAUGAUGUGUUCUUCAAAUUGAUUGAUAAACCAGGAGAGCUUCAUGAAGAGCCCUUACUACACUUUGGGAGACUGCUGCCAUCUUUUAUCAGAAGUGACUUUGCUUUCUACCUGUCUCCAGAGAUAAGGAAACAGUGUGAGUGGUUCCAGAGUGAUCAGCAAGCCAAGAGCCAGAGCCCUGGGCAUGCUGGGCACAAAGCUGUGUAUGUGGCACCCAACACGACCAUAAGCCGGACCCCCAGUGCCAACACCAUGGUCAGUGCAAGCAUCAAGCCUCCUGCUGCGAGCACUGACGCCCGUGCCAGAACCACCACUGCCAGCACCACAGCCCAGACCAGAGCCACCGACCAGACCACAGCCAGCACUGUGGUCCAGGUGAAUGCCACCGCGCAGAGCGCAGCAAGCUCCGCAGCCCACACCAAAGCCACCGGCCGCACCAUCACAAGCGCCAUGGCUGCUGCGGCAGGCGGCAGGAGAAGACAAGGCGCAAAGACCCAUGACAUCCAGAUCACAGAUGUCACGGAGAACAGUGCCAGGCUGCGCUGGGCCAGCCCCGAGCCACACAACACUGAUGCUUUUGAUAUCAUCGUCACCUUAGCGCAUGACCACUCUCUCGUGCAGAAGCAAAACCUGACCGGCACUGAGCAUGUUAUCCAAGGACUCAAAGGUGGACAGAAAUACCUUGUCGUCAUUACUGGCUACCAGAAAUCCCAGCCCAAAGUAACCUAUUCAGGGACAUUCAGCACAAAGACCCUGGCACAGCCCAAGGUGUCCUUGGCCAACAUGAUGUUCAACACUGAGCCGCUGGAAGGGCCCGAGAGUGUUGUGGAUAGCUGCCAGCUGCAAAAAGAUGAGGGGACCUGCAGGAACUUUGUGCUGAAAUGGUACUAUGACCCUGAGACCAAGAGCUGCGCCCGGUUCUGGUACGGCGGCUGUGGAGGCAACGAGAAUAGAUUUCACACGCAAAAAGAAUGUGAAAAAGUUUGCGUCCCUGGUAACAUCAGCCCUGGCGUGGUGACAACAAUAGGGACAUAGAGCCAGCGACCUGUCAACACAUACCUCUGAAACAGCCAGGAGCAUCAGCCAUUGCCACCUUACCCCUAUAGAAGCUAAGGGUAUAGACUACCUUGCACUGUACUAUUUCAUGCUUUUAACUUCCAAGCAAACCUUGGAGAAAGUGUUUUGCUGCAUGACCUAUCAAUAUGGUGCUAAACUGUUUGUGGACUGAGUGCUACGUGUGUCCGGGUUAUAUUGUAUAGCUUCAACAUUACCAAAUAUUUACCUAAUUGCAGAUUGUUAUUGUCUCAGAACAUGUCUCUAAAUUACCCUUUCUUUCUGAUUCUGGCAGUCUGCCUGUCUAAGGCACUGUGAAAAUGAGACCAAAAAAAAAAAAAAGUAAUAAUUUCACUGCAACUGUUACAUGCUUGCUUUUAUCAUUUUCAUAACUAAGCAUAACUUUACAGGGGAAGCCUUCAUGUAAGAGAGUAGCUAAUUCUGAUAAACAAGCAGUUCAAUUUUUCAUUCUUCCUUUUUUAUUUUUUUUUCUCCUUUUGCUGGAUUAGAUUUCAAACUAGAUCUCUUGUAUGCAUUUGUAACAUAUGUGGCCAACUGAACUAGCAAGGAAAUGGAAGCAAGGUUUCCAAAUGCAAACGCACUGCUGGGACCAAGGCCUCAGUUAACAAAUUUUUAAAUUGUGGUGUAGGAUGCCUCUGGCAUUCUUCUGAUGUUGUAUGUUUUAUAAAACACAAAGCAAAGCAAUUUGGGGAGGGAGAUGGUGGGUGGGAGGGGGGUUUUAUUUUUAUUGUGGAUUCUGUGACAGGAAGUCUAUACAAAGAACUUUUAAAUAAAGUCUAAUGGAGGUUUUGA